CUCUCUCACUUUCUCUCUCUGUCUGUCUGUCUUCCUGUUCUGUCUCAAUUACUGUCUUUCUCUUGCUCUCUUUCUCUUGUCCUCUCUCGGUUUCUCUUCUUUCUUUCUUUCUUUCUUUCUUUCUUUUUCUUUCUUUCUUUCAUGCUCUCUAUCUGUUUCUCUCUCUGUCUGUCUCUCCAUUUGUCUCUCUGUCUAUCUGCCCGUAUGCUUGUCGUUUUCUCACUUUUAUCUCACUCUUUGUUUUUCUGUCUCUCUCUUUUCUCUGUUGUUCUCUCUCGUUCUCACUCUCUCAGGUAGGAUGACGAAUCAUCAGUUGGAGAAAAAGAUGGGCGGAGCCAGCCUAUUUGAUGAGGAUGGGAAGGCGGAGCCUAAAAUAGGCCUUUUACAGCAACACUGUGGCUGGUUUGCACGCAACCUUCUGCUUGCCCUCACCAUUCUGGGUGUGAUAGGAGGCUCAGUGCUUGGCUUGCUCUUGCGGUAUGUUCCUGAUUUGGACUCAGACACGCUGAUGUUGGUCUCCUUCCCUGGAGACAUCCUCAUGAGGAUGCUGAAGAUGCUCAUCCUUCCCCUCAUCAUCUCCAGUCUCAUCACAGGUCUGGCAGGUCUGGAUGCUCGCUCCAGUGGGAGGAUGGGGACCAGGGCCAUGGUGUACUACAUGUCCACCACCAUCAUCGCGGCUGUUCUGGGCGUCAUCCUGGUGCUCGGGAUUCACCCAGGAAACCCCAAACUCAGGACCACUCAGAUCAGCGCUGGACCCAACAACCAUGAGGUCAGCAGCCUGGACGCUUUUCUGGACCUGAUCCGAAACCUGUUCCCCGAGAACCUGGUCCAGUCCUGCUUUCAACAGGUUCAGACGGUGGUGAAGAAAGUCUCCGUGGCGGUCAGCAACCGGAGCGAGCCCGUUUCUGUCAACAGGAAGGAGCUGGAGUUCAAGUGGGGGAUGAACGUUCUGGGUUUGAUCGGCUUCUUCAUCACGUUCGGGAUCUGCAUGGGCAAAAUGGGCGAGAGGGGAAAGAUCAUGUCCGAGUUCUUCAACGUCCUGAACGAGAUCAUCAUGAAGAUGGUGUCGAUGAUCAUGUGGUACUCUCCAAUCGGCAUCGCCUCUCUGAUCUGUGGAAAGAUCGCCGCCAUCGGUGACCUGGAGGCCAUGGCCCAGCAGCUCGGCAUGUACAUGGUGACGGUGAUUGUUGGCCUCAUCAUCCACGGUGGAAUCAUCCUGCCCCUCAUAUUCUUCUGCGUGACACGGAAAAACCCGUUCACCUUUUAUUCCGGGAUCUUCCAGGCCUGGAUCACGGCACUCGGAACAGCCAGCAGCGCUGGAACGUUGCCGGUGACCUUCCGCUGUCUGGAGGAGAACCUGAAGAUCGACAAGCGGGUCACCCGGUUCGUGUUGCCCAUCGGCGCCACCAUAAACAUGGAUGGCACGGCGCUUUACGAGGCUGUGGCGGCUAUUUUCAUCGCCCAGAUGAACGGCAUCGAGCUGGACGGAGGACAGAUCGCCACCGUGAGCAUGACGGCCACUCUGGCGAGUGUAGGAGCUGCCAGUAUUCCCAGUGCUGGUCUGGUCACCAUGCUGCUCAUCCUCACCGCAGUGGGUCUCCCGACACAGGACAUCAGCCUGCUGGUGGCCGUCGACUGGCUGCUUGACAGAAUGCGGACCUCCAUCAACGUGGUGGGCGAUUCCUUCGGCGCAGGCAUCGUCGACUUCCUGUCUCGUGCGGAGCUUUCUCAGAUCGACGCCGACAUUCCCCUGUCAGACGAGGAGUUUGUCCCCCCUCCCCCCCUCCUGACUGAUAUAGACCUGAUCGACCCGGUGUGCCCCCCAGAACUGCCCCCUCGCUUCCCCCGGCCCCCCAAACUCAACCACCACCACCAACAGCACCAACAGCACCAACAGCAGCAGCACCACUACCACCCUGCUGCGUCUCUGAGCCACUCCCGCUCUCACUCCACCCGCUCCGCUCGCUCUCCGUCCCCUCGCUCCGUCCACUCGCCCUCGCCUCUGUCCGUGUGUUCACACUCGCCUCAUCCUCACCGCAUGCACUCGCCCCGCCUCCUGAACCGCCGCUCCGACCACGCCUACUGCGCUCUGCCCUCGCAUGACCACCAGGCGUCCACGCUGCCACGGGACCACAGGGAGAGACACCGAGAGCGAGAGAGGGGCAGCGAGAACCUGCGUAGACGAGAGAAAGGCAGAGAGAGUGAGACGGAGGAAGACGAAGAGAGAGAGAGGAUGAUGGACGAGGGCAGCGAGGGAGAAGAAAGCGACGACACCGCCUACGACCGAAGUCACGCCGUCCCGCCCUGCGAGCUCCCCUGAGGGAGUCGCUCUGUCACCACCGUCGUCCGCCCCCACCAUCUUCACCACACGUUUACUACAGUCCCUCACGCUUUCCAGCACCUGCUCACUGCAUUCCUCAAACUGUAUACGAACUCGUUUUUAUUCGUAAAAAUCGUUCACAGAAAGGUUUACGCAAGAAACGUGGCGUCUCGGUUAGUUUGCGAAAGCAUCCGUAUCCUACGUUUCACUCCCGACUUUGUGUAUGUUUACGUAUUUACGUACGAUUUUAUAGCCCGAUAACGUUUCCGCACCCGUUUAACCAACCGUUUCUGAAACACAGCCGUUUCGUAUUCAGGGCCCGAAGCGGAACAAGUCCGUAAACGAAAACAAACGAGACUAGCCGUUCGAUCGAAAGUAACGGCGCCCUGUAAAAGAAGGAAGAGUUACUGCGUGUCUACGGUAGCAGAAGCGCUGCAGUAGCUGAGCUGCAUUACUGGAAGAUUUAUCACACUCUAC